GCUGACGCGCAGGCGGCCCUCUUGCCCCCGGGCUCGAAGACCGCCAACGCGUUUUCCGGCACGUUCCACCUGCUGUGCGGUUAGCGCAGAUGGCCGAAGGGCCUCACCAGGCCCGGCUGCGCGUGCAUUCUGCGCGGCGCGCGGCGAGAUGUGAGCGGAGGGGGAGGGGACCACACAACGAUGGCUUUUUAUUUGCGGCAGAGGAGCAGAUGGGCCGCAUUUGUGGAGGAAUCUAACACCAAAUAUGAAUAUCGCACGCCGUUGUUUUUUCCUCCCCUCUGAGCGCGGCGCCCGGUCUUGGCAUCCUCGCUCGCCUCUCGCGCUCCGAUAGGACGCUUCGGAGACCGAGCCUCGCGUUCGCCGGGUGCAGGAGGGCGCCCGUCUUCUCUUCCUCCCUUCCGCGUCCCUUCCACACAAAAAACCGGUCUGACUCAGACGUUCUGGAGAAAUCGAAGCGCCGCUACGCGGUUUUUUUUUUAAGGCGGCUGCUGGGCUGGAAAGGCACGCUGAGGAACGCCUGUGUCUCGCUGAUGGGAUUUCAGAGCGAAUGAAGGUCUUACCUUUCUCUCCGUGCACCUGUGUGAUCGCCUUUCUCCGAAAUACCCACGUAUUUAUUCAAACAUGCCCCUGGAAGGAUGGAGCCCUUUGGCUUUCUGAGAACAGCGCCCCCUGUAGCUGUUGCGCGUUUACGGACGCCCAGGACGCGGUGUGCGUCCCUGAGCUGGCAGUAGCGGGAGAGCGGAGUGACGGACAGCUGCCCAUCAUGCCCGGGUGGCGGUCUCAGUGGCGCCUGGUCCUGCUCAACUCCCUGACCUGCGGCCUGGAGAUCUGCGUGGCGGCCGGCAUCACCUACGUCCCGCCCUUACUGCUGGAGGCUGGCGUGGAGGAGAAGUACAUGACUAUGGUGCUCGGCAUCGGGCCCGUACUGGGCCUGCUCUUCAUCCCGCUCAUUGGCUCGGCUAGCGACCGCUGCACCAGCAGCUACGGCCGGCGCCGCCCCUUCAUCUGGCUGCUGUCGCUGGGGGUGCUGGUGGCACUGCUCAUCAUCCCCCACGCCGACGUCCUGGCCGCCCAGUUCAGCUGGGGGGGCCGCGCCCUGCAGGUGGGCUUCCUCAUCCUGGGGGUGGGGCUCCUGGACUUCUGCGGCCAGGUGUGCUUCACGCCGCUGGAGGCCCUCCUGUCCGACCUGUACCACGAGGAGGAGGACUGCGGCCAGGCCUUCGCCAUGUUCUCCUUCAUGGUCAGCCUGGGCGGCUGCAUCGGCUACCUGCUGCCCGCGCUCGACUGGAGCGGCGGCCUCCUGUCACUCUACCUGGGCGGCCAGGCCGAGUGCCUCUUCUCCGUCCUCAUCCUCAUCUUCGUGACGAGCGUCCUGGUCACCAUGAAGGUGUCACAGGAGCCCCCCGGCUACAGUGGCGUUGGUGGCGGCGGCGGCAGCGGCAGCAGCCCUGCCCUGGAGCCGCACCCCCCGGAGGCCGGGGGCCGGCGCGUGCCGCGCUCCUGCUGCUACCUGCUGCGCUGCAAGCUGCGGCUGCUGAAGGCGGGGCCGCUGCUCUGCCUGCUGCGCACCUGCUGGUCCAUGACGCCCACCAUCUACCGCAGCUACUGCCACAUGCCGCGCGUGAUGCGCCAGCUGUGCGUGGCGCAGCUCUGCAGCUGGAUGGCCGUCAUGUCCUUCAUGCUCUUCUACACGGACUUUGUGGGGGAGGGGCUCUACGAGGGCGUGCCCAGCGCCGCCCCCGGGAUGGCCUCCCGGCAGCGCUACGACGAAGGGAUCCGCGUGGGGAGCCUGGGGCUGUUCCUGCAGUGCGCCACCUCCACCCUCUUCUCGCUGGGCAUGAGCCGGCUGGUGCGCCUCUUCGGCUCGCGCCGCGUCUACCUGGGCAGCAUGCUCAGCUUCACCGCCUCCACCCUGGUCAUCUGCCUGUCCAAGAGCGUGGUCCUGGUCACCGCCAUGUCCGCCCUCACCGGCUUCGCCUACGCCACCCUGCAGACCCUGCCCUACACCCUCACCUGCCACUACCACAAGGAGAAGGAGGUUUAUAUGCCAAAAAACAAAGCCAAAAACACACGUGUGAACGGGAUCGCGGUCACGCGAGAAUCUUUGUGCAUGGCGGAGGAUGAGGAGGGAGGCCUGAACUACAAGAGGGGCAGUGCCAACGGGCACGCCUACCACCCAGCUGCUCCGCACGGCCAGAACGGCUGCGCCCUGGGCCCCGGCCCGCCUGACCCAGAGGAUCAUGGGAAACGCGGCGUGGGCCUGGACUUCGCCAUCCUGGACAGCACCUUCCUGCUCUCGCAGGUCUUCCCCACGUUCUUCAUGGGGAUGAUCGUCCAGCUCACGGAGUCUGUCACGGCCUACAUCGCUUCCUCCGCCAUCUUCGGCGCCAUCGCCAUCUACCUGGCCCGCCACAUCGUCUUCGACCAAAGAGACCUCAAGUGCUGAGAGAGACCGCGGAGGAGCUAGGAAAGGAAGUGUGUUGUAUGUGAGCGUGUGUGUCCACUACUGCCUCCUGCACGAAACGGCGUAUCUUUUUUUUUUCGCCUGUUCUGCAGAAGCUCUGUCCUCUCAUGUCAAAAUAUUGUAUUCUAUUUAAAUAUUUUAAAAUAUUUUUUAUUGGCACAAUCCCCUGGUCAGUCUUGUCUGAAGUUUACCUCAUCCCAACCCUGGUGGACAGUGCUAGUCAUGUGACUUGGAUCCAUCCUUUUUUUUUGCUUUCUGCUCAGGCAGUCAGGAUCCUUUUUCAUUACCUCCAUUAUCUAACAGGACCCUCAAAAACGGUCUGUCCGCCCCAACCACAGUGUUGAGAGUGGGGGCUCCCAGAGCUCUGAGAAAAGCAUGGCGAGAUGGCCACGCCCUGCCUGUUCAGAUUCUUUCAGAACGGAGGGGGCGGGGCUGUAUCGAUUAAGCCCCGCCUCCAUGUUGAAAGUGCCUACCAGGCCCUCUCCCAGCACCUCUCUGAGGGGAAAUUCAAGGUGCGGGCCAGAGGGGGGGGGCCUGUGCUCUCCCUACUGAAAGCAUCCUGCUUCUCCACAGCGAGGGUGGGUGGGUCGUGUGCCGGUUUACCCGUCCUGUUUUUGGGGGGGGGGGUUAUGUUGCAGUCAUGACAAAUGAAUGGAUCUCAUCCCCAAACACAGUUCAUCUGUCACUCAAAAAUUAAGCCGUCCUGAACCACAGAAAUUUCAAAACUCUAGUUUUUAUGUGUACAUCCCAAAAUCCAACUAUGUUUCAAGGUCCUUUACUUUAUUUUGGUUUUUAUGUAAAGCACAGUUUUGCUGUAUAUAUUUUUGUAUAUAAGAGCAUAUAUUUAUGUCCCUAUGGGAAUUUGUUAUGCAACCUGUUUGGGUGAGGUCACCUGUGUGCCUGGAGUGUUGCUAGCAUGAACUGGGUUAAUGGGUGUAAAAACAUUUGGCACCUAAAUUAGUCUUUGGGGUUUUUUUUUUUUUACUAAUUUAAUUUUCUUAUUACAUUUUGUUUGUGUGUAUGUGUGUUUGUGUUUGUGUGUGUGUGUCUGUGUGUGUGUGUUUGUGUUAGACAGGGAGAGAGAGAGAGAGAGAUAGCGAUUUAUUUAUUCCCUUUUGGAUAAAUGGGUCUAUGAUUGGCUCAGUUUAGAUCCAAGACGAGUCCAGAACAGUUACAGAAGGAUUUUUAGGUGCUGCAAAUGCCAGCCCACAUUCGAUUACCAUAAUAAAAGACCAACUGUCAUGCUAGCAGUAUUUUGGGAAUGCUGGGAUACUGGGUUACUGAAAAUCUUUUUGAUUACCAUGAUGAUGGUUUUUUGUUCAGAAUCAAAUCCUGUAAUUGUACUGUAUGCACCUCUUUGUGAUGUCAAAACGGGGCAGUGGAAGUCUGCUAUUCAAUUUUCAGUAUACAAUUAGGAGUAUAGACGGUAAAUGCCUAAGUGCAGUGGAUCGCUGGAUGUGUGGCACCAAAAAUGGGAGCCCAGAACCCUCAGGAUCAUUGUGACUGAUAAGAAGCACACGCACACACACAUGCACACACACACACACACACACACACACACACACACACACACGCAUACACACACACACACACAACUGCCACAAACACAGUAACUUCAAUCUGCUGUCAGCCUGCACGUGCAUUUCAGGUGCCACCAUGUAUUUAAAGACUUUUUCUGCAUAUGCAGGUGUGCUGUUACCUUCUAUCAAUCAGGUAGUUUUCUUAAAUGUGUGUUCUGGUUAUUUUUCCAGUAUAUUAUUUUAAACGCAUUCGUUGUCAUUCUUGGUACACCAUAUCAGUCAAUCGGUCAUGAAUGUGAGUGGUACAAUCAUAUGGCUUUGAUGGCAACAUCUCUUCCUGUUGGCCAGCAAUGAUGUUUUUCUGCUACUGAAUGCCUUACAGCAUGUUCUGUAAGAGUUCUUGUUUGGUAGUGCGCACAUGCUUGUUUAUUGCCCCCUGAAGGAGAGGCAUGGUAUCAAGCCAGGCAGAAUUUAAAGGGCACAAAUAUAAAAGCCAAUCCACAGAGUUGGAGAGAGCAUGCCAAAUUUUUCCUGGAAGAUAAAGUGUCCUGUAUGGCUUCUUCUGAACCUACUGAGGGUCUGUGUGUGUGCCUAAGAGAGAGGUUUUGUGUCCAAAAUCACAGCUGGAACUGGAUUUGAAAUGGUUUAGCUGGGUAUAGCACAGCUGUGUAUUCAUGUGCUUUGCCAAGGGUUCUCUUGGUUUUGGAAACUCUCGAUUUCACAUGUUCAUUUCUGAAUUUGAAUUGCACAGUGUCCUAAUCUCUACCAUUCAGUCUUCGAGUACUUUUUGAUAAUCUAUGUCCUCUUAAGUAAUGAUAUUUACAGUGUAAUACUGUAUUGCUAUUUCAAUACAGUGUUUCCUCAGCUGUAGAAAAUACUCAUGUCUUGGAACAUUUAUAUUAACAGACUGAGAAAACAAAGUUCACAAUUUCAGAAAGUGCCUAAACAUAUAGAAACUUUUUUUUUUGUAAAUUUCUAUAUAUUUAUUAUUAAAAAAAUAAUAAGCACAUAUUACAACAUAUUUGCCUUUUUUGUAUCACAUCUAUCAAGGUGUAAGGGCAAAGGAUAUUUCUGUGAAAAGAAGUUAAAUUAUUGUUUCUUUUGUAUAGAUGUGAGGUGAAACUCAUUUUCAGCAUCAUAAUUUAUUUGUGUCCCUUCAUUUUAUUUCUUGAGUGUGAUUUCAAAGUGCUCAUCUGGUCAACCAAUACUGCUCCCAGUAACCACAGAAUCGCUUGCACAAAGCCUUCCCAAGUGAUCCACAUGCUGUUAAAGCUGCUUACAGCACAGAUUCUUUAAUAAAAUGAAUGGAUAAAUCAAUAUAUCAUGAGUUGUUAUAAUGUAGCUAUUUGUUAACAAUAGGACGUCCAUAGUUUAUAAAAAAAUUAGAAUAAUGAAAUAAGCUGAUUUUGUCUACAGACAUUCAUGUCGAUUACAGUAGAAUUAUAGCAUAGUAUUGACAUGUCUUUGGAUAUGAUAUUUUCCAUUCUAAAAGCAAGUCCCCCAAGUAUGUACGGUAAUGUGUUACACGGAGGAGGAUAGUCUGUUCGUAGCCAGGACCUGCCUCAGGUUUUAGUGUCCAAAUUUUCAUGUCUGUUUGUUUGUCGGUUGCACACUUUUCUGUCAUAUUGUGACACCAAAGAAUCUUGCCUGUUUUCCUCAGGUCGACACAUUGAAGCCAAAAUUUUUCAAAAAAUAUGUUGAACAAUGUGGUAAACAAUCAAACAGGUCCACAAUCUGAUAACUUUUGGUUCAAUUAUUGCAUUUUUAGGUUGAAAAUGUUGCGUUUUGAGGUUUGAGAAUGUUGAGGUUUGAGAACUGCACAGUAAACUGUCCAGUGUUAAUUCAACUCUAGCAGUGAUAAUUAAGCUCUUAACAGAUUACAUUUGGUCCCACAUUCCAAAGGGGGAACAAAUGCUAUCUGUUAAGAGUCGAAGUAACACUGUUAGAGUUGAAUUAACACCAAGAAUUUUACUGUAUAGUCCGUGUACAACACGUAGAGAUUACGAUUUUUAUUUAGAAAAUAAAAGCGAAUUUUUCAAAUGGCUGUUGCCAGAGAAUCGCGUACAGCACUCUUAUUUUGAAAAAUGUAUCGGACAUCCAAAGGGUCUAGUUUUCCUCGUCACAUUCUGCCUAAUGCGCAGGGGCUUAGCAGUUUCAUUAAAUUCAUUUCACUGUUUUUAAUUUUUUUUAAGUGAAUUUGAACAACAUGUUGUGGUUUAUUGUGCCUGAUGUAGAGACUAGUUUCCAGAUUACAAGGUAGUGUUUACAGAAUAAAUAAUGUAAUUUACCCAUUCAGAGCACAAGCGUAUAGGCUUGGUUAACAUGGGCGUUGUGUUUCUGAUUUGUCAAGACUUUUCAUUUUUUCUGUUUUGUGUUUUACCAAGUUCAUUCCAGUGGUUUGUUCUUCAUUGGUUUCAACUGUGUUACUUCUAAAAUGUCACUUUUAUCCUGUUUUGAAUAAUCUGCUUUAGGUUUUUUCUGUUUUAUUCGUAGGAUAGAUAUGUUUGGCAAAUCAGGGAUCCUUUCACUAUAAACAACAACAACAAAAACUAUUUUCAUGUAUUUGCGGAUUUACUGAAAUGUGUUUCUGGUUUCCCUAGUAAGUUCACGUUUUAAGGACAUCAUCAUUUUAUUCGGGGAAAAAACAUUGCAAUGUUUUGAAGCACAAGAUGAAACUGGUCAUUUCCUUCUGUUGUAUGUGAUUGAACAUUCGCAAUAACUCUUUUUGUAUGAAAUUAAUAAAUUGAAUUGUAACAA